UGUGCUGUACGAUACUGACCAUAGUAUCGUAGUCGUGCGCACCUCGGUUUUCUUUGCCGUCGGUCGAAUCGACUUUUGCUCGGAGCGUCGCAACAACCAACGUUUCUAAUCUAAACAGUAGACAACCGAUCGGAGUAGAGGUAUUUGUUCUCCCCGGUCCGUCUUCAAGCUUCGAUCUACGACAGAAUCACGGAACUCGAUUUUUUCUAUCUUCAGAGCUGCUUAGGCACUUGUACCACAAAUUACGUUCUCUACAAUGUCGAAGACCAUCCGGCUUCUUCCAAGGGCUGCAACGGUCCUGCUGAUGCUGGUGCCGGUGCUGUUCUCGGUGGGAUUUGUUUCGGCACGCCCCACGUCGUCGUCGUCGUGCAAGGACGACCCGGACUACCGCUGGAAGUGCAAGCGGCAGACCUGCGAGUGGCUCGGGAAUCAGUCCGAGCAAAAGCGCGAAAAGCUGUGCAACAAGACCAAGACGAAGAAAAAAAAGAAACAGGAAUGGCGGCAACCCCCCUCCGAGGGCUGCCCCGAGACCUGCGGGWCCUGYGGCAUCGAAACGGAGCCCCCGGCCGCGUGCCCGGCCUGGAAGCCCCGAAGCGGAGGAGCCUGCUCCCCCGAGCAGGAGGGCAUCGACUGCGAUUACGACUUUCGGUGGUCCGGCUGCGUGGCCGAGGACCUCCGGUGUCUCCCGUUCGCUUUCUUGAGCUGCCGCCUCGGCCAGUGGUUCGAAGCCGUCGUCGACCCGCCCUUUUGCAGGGAGCCACCGCCCCCGGACCUUCCCGUCUUGGAAACYUGCGACCCCAACAGUUUCUGCCCCCCGGUCCCCCCCGAGGCCGGCACCAAGUGCAGGUUCACGGGGACCUCGGAGGAGGACCGCCUGGCGGGCUGCCCCUACAACCACGUCUUUCUGGGCUGCACCUUUGCCACGGGCAUGCUCUGCACCCCCAUUGACUACUUUUACUGCGACGCCGAGGACGGCUUUUGGCAGCGGACCUCGGUGAUGCCCGUCCCGUGCCCCUGCGAGAUCGACCCGGGCUUUCCGAGGUUCGGAACCUGCUCGCCCUGUCCGUCGGUCGAGCCCGCCGGGAUCUGUCCGCCGGAGGAGCCCCUUAGCGGGACGGKCUGCUCGGGGCACUACGGGGCCAACGGGGACGCCCCGCUCGACUGCUACUACGACUUUCUCUACCGGGGGUGCACCACGGAGGGGCUGACGUGCCAACCGGGAGUAGUGUACACCUGCACCGGGGAGGAGGCACAGACACCGGUCUGGAGGAAAGCCCCCAUCAGCUAUCCCCCGGACUGCUGCGCCGAAUAGGGCUGGUACGGUACGUUGCAAUGCGAUGCAAUGCGAUGCGAUGGAAUGGAAUGGAAUGCGGCAGGCCUCGUUUUCUCAAUGGCAAUGGAUGGCCCGUCAAGGCGCCUGCUGUGCGRGGGCCACACGCCAGCGCGGUACUAUUUUGGCGAUGCUGGCUGUUUGGUUGCCAGCGCUUUGGUCCAAAGACCGCCCGGGUUUGUGGGGUGGCACGAAAUCCUUGAGGACCCCGGUASUCCUAGAGAUGCUCCUUGGAGGACGGGGCUGCCUCUCCAUCCGAGAGGGGACGGACGGUUCUGUUCCGUGCUUUGCGCAAACUUUACUAGAAACAAUAGAGUGCUGAUACUAGCAGCUGCCAACCAGGAACUCGCCUUGUCGUUCACGGCACGGCACGGCAGCGGUUGCAAGCCAGAGGGGGUGGUGUUGUAACAGUGCCAUCGAGCCGAACGCUUCUGUUUUCGUCCCGUGUUCCAGAAUGGAARACACAAUAAAAUUAGUACUGGACU